AUGGAUCCGAAGGUGAAGAAUGCCAUUAAGAGAAAAUAUUACCGCUCCGGAAAUAAAUUUAGUUGUUGUAUAUGCGGUGUUUUUGGGGUUAGGUUUUCCCUGUAUGGAAGUUGUUUAAUGGGAAUAAGGCGUGAAUGUAGAAAACUUCAUUUUCAGGAAAAGGCACUGUGCAAGAAAAUGGAAGAUGGUUUCACAACUGUAGUUGACAAUGUUGCGGGCAUUUCAGAUGCAUUUGAUGGGCUCAGACGGUGGAUAAUGGACGUGACAUUAGACAUGGGAAUGGAAGAUGUUGAGACAACUGGUUUUAGCGAUCCUAAGCAAGCAGCAUGUUUGUACGAAGAGUACAGCCGUGUGAGAGGUUUUGGUAUCCGACAAGGGAAGAAAAUAAGAAACAAGAAAGGUGAAUUUGUGCGAUUCACUUAUCUGUGCAACCGCGAAGGCUUUAGAGAUAAGAAAUGGCUUCAGAUGCAUCAUCGUAAAAGGGAGCCUAAGAUUAUUACUAGGUGUGGGUGUCCAGCUGAGAUGCAGAUAAAACCAAGAGAUAGCACUGGAAAAUGGUAUGUGUCACGUUUUGUGGAUAAUCACAAUCAUGAUCUUCUACCUGCCAAGUUUGUUGAGUACUUGCCUUCACACCGUAAAAUUUCAGAUGUUGACAUAGCCCAUAUGGAUAGCAUGAGACAAGUGGCGUCGAGCCUUCAACAUGGCGAUGUGAAUGCUGUCUUGUGGGCAUUAGCCAAUACAGCAAAGGUUGAUGACAGAAUGUUUUGGCAGUAUGAGGUUAGGGUUAGGAAUCACAUGUGUGAUUUGUUUUUGAGCAAUGAACGUAGUCAAGAAAACUACAAAUUAUUCGGAGAUGUUCUUGCUUUUGAUGCAACAUACGGACAAAACAAAUACAAUCUUCCUGUGAUUGUUUUUUCCGGGGUGAAUCAUCACAAUCAAACCUGUGUUUUUGGCACUGCAAUGGUUUCCUGUGAAUCACAAGCUUCAUACGUGUGGGUCUUGACAAAGUUCCUAUAG